AUGGAAGUUGGCGCACCGGCAAUUCCUGGCCUGCACACCGAAUGUGACUUUAACACUUUUAAUACUAUUUUUUACGUUACAGCGAAUGAGGGCAUCACCGAUAUCGAAACAUUUCUCGAAUUGAACGACCAGGAUUUCAUCCGUCUUCGAUUAAAAACGAAAUUAAUCAAAACAAUCCAAAAAAUACAAAAACAGUACCUAAACGAUCAUAUAAUUGAAGAGUUGGAGGAAGAGAAGGACCCGCUUUCAACGUCGGAUGUUGCUCCCGGAACAUCAGGUGUCAAUCCUUAUCAUGGAAUCGUUUUAGAAGAGAUAAUCGACAUAGACACUAUCUUCACUCAAACCGUGUCUGGAAACCAAAUCGUGGAAAUCCUGAAGGAAGAAACCAGCCCAAAUGACAAGCUACUGAACAAAAUCAAUCGCCAACUAUGCGAUUUUCUCACAUCAAAUUACGGACUUCACCCUUCGAGCUUCCACAAGAACCUGCUGGCGCAAUCUCUUGUCAAUUCGUAUCCGAUAUUGGCAUCGAUUACUCCUGACGUUCCACAGGCUUUGUGGUUUCAUCCACACGGUCGCGGAAAACAUAGACACGCGGGCCGAAUCCAUUACCAUAUGGAAUACUUGUCCCGGCGGUCCGGCAAAAGAGUAGUCAACCGACCCCGAUGCGUCCAGCAGCAAUCUCUAUUACCAGCUGUGAUACCGGUUCCUGAAGACAACAUUGAACAAUGUUUUUAUUCUGGUUUAAUUUAAUUCGUCGUUUUUUGCACUAUUUAAAUUAAGCUAUUAUCACAGACAAACAAACGUGACACUCUGAUAUUUUGCAUCGUACACCGAUUCAACGGCCUUUUUAAAACUUUAAUAGUUGGCUAACCGACCACCCGUAGC